AGAGCAUCCCGCGCUGGGCCAUGAUGCCGAAUAACAAAAGCUGUGAAUGCGUUACAGUGUGAAAUGGUCAGAAAGCGGGGCUCAGUCGCCAUGUUUACUUUGGGUGACGCCAGCUCUCUGCCAUUUUCCUCCGCCUCUGGUUGUCAAGAAGAUGGCAGCUUCCAGGCAGGCAUGAGAGGAAAUACUUCUUCACAUAUCGAAUGAAUUUGGAUUAUUACCGCAAGAGAAGACCACAUACCCGUGCUUUUGCAUUUACUGCAUCGAAGUAGAAGUCAUGUCUGCCCCUGGCUCCGCGGUGUCUGGGACCACGGCGGCGGUUCUGCAGCCGCGGUGGAAGCGGGUCCUCGGAUGGUCCGGUCCAGUUCCCCGGCCCAGACAUGGACACAGAGCUGUGGCUAUAAAGGAGCUUAUGGUUGUCUUUGGUGGUGGGAACGAAGGGAUCGUGGAUGAAUUGCAUGUAUACAACACCGCAACAAACCAGUGGUUUAUCCCAGCAGUCCGUGGUGAUAUCCCCCCUGGUUGUGCUGCGUAUGGUUUUGUCUGUGAUGGCACAAGAUUGCUGGUGUUUGGUGGAAUGGUGGAGUAUGGAAAGUACAGCAACGAUCUCUAUGAACUACAGGCCAGCAGAUGGGAAUGGAAGAAAUUGAAAGCAAAAAACCCAAAGAAUGGGCCCCCUCCUUGUCCUCGUCUUGGCCACAGUUUUUCCCUGGUUGGCAACAAGUGCUACCUGUUUGGUGGAUUGGCCAAUGACAGCGAGGACCCAAAAAACAACAUUCCCAGAUACCUAAACGAUCUGUACACACUGGAGCUUCGUGCUGGUUCCAGUGUGGUUGGAUGGGAUAUUCCAAUCACCUACGGAGUUUUGCCUCCUCCCCGUGAGAGCCACACUGCUGUGGUUUACACAGAAAAGACGAGCAGGAAAUCUCGCCUCAUAAUCUAUGGAGGGAUGAGUGGAUGUCGUCUUGGAGAUCUGUGGACACUCGAUAUUGAUACCCUGACAUGGAACAAACCAUCAGUAAGCGGCACAGCGCCACUUCCCAGAAGUCUUCACUCUGCCACCACCAUCACAAACAAGAUGUAUGUUUUUGGAGGAUGGGUUCCUCUGGUGAUGGAUGAUGUCAAAGUGGCCACACAUGAGAAAGAGUGGAAGUGCACAAACACUCUAGCCUGCCUAAAUCUUGAUUCCAUGUGUUGGGAGACAGUGUUGAUGGAUACUCUGGAAGACAAUAUCCCCAGAGCCCGUGCGGGCCACUGUGCUGUGGCCAUCAAUUCCAGACUUUAUGUUUGGAGUGGCCGUGAUGGUUAUCGUAAAGCUUGGAACAACCAAGUCUGCUGUAAAGACCUCUGGUACCUGGAAACAGAGCGGCCACAUGCCCCUGCCAGGGUGCAGUUAGUCCGUGCCAACACAAACUCGCUGGAGGUUAGCUGGGGUGCAGUCUCCACUGCUGACACCUACUUAUUGCAGCUACAGAAGUAUGACAUCCCAGCAACUCCAGCUGCAGCCUCACCUGUCAUGAGCGCAACCCCUUCUCAGCCUGUGAACUCUCCAAGGAGCCCUGCCCUGGCUGUAGCAGCACCCUCUGCUCAGAGCCUGCCACAGACAGCUAUUUUGAAAGUUGCAGCCCAGCAAUCUGCAACAGGCACAUCUGUUGUCACAGUCCGCCCCAGCCAGCCUGGGAAAUCCCCUAUCACUUUGACAUCUCUUCCUCCAGGUGUCCGAAUGGUAGUGCCAGCCCAGACCACCCAAGGAUCGGUACGCAAACAAUUUGCAACGCAUCUUGUCCCAAUUGGCAGUAGUCCUCAGAUGAGUGGCAUGGCAGCUUUAGCUGCAGCAGCCGCAGCAACACAGAAGAUCCCUCCCUCCUCUGCAGGCACCUUACUCAAUGUUCCUGCGGGUGCCACCAUUCUCAAAACAGUAGCCGUUUCCCCUGGCACAACCACAGUGAAAAUGGCCUCUCCCCUCAUGGUCAGUAACCCGGCCACCCGGAUGCUGAAGACUGCUGCAGCUCAGGUGGGCACAGCAACUGCGUCCUCUCCCACCACCACCCGACCCAUCAUCACUGUGCACAAGUCUGGUGCAGUCACAGUAGCCCAGCAGGCCCAGGUGGUAACCACUGUUGUGGGAGGAGUCACUAAGACCAUCACCCUGGUCAAGAGUCCCCUCACCAUGGGCAGCGGUGGCACUCUGAUCUCCAACCUUGGCAAGAUGAUGUCUGUGGUACAAACCAAGCCAGUGCAGACAGCUAUCUCUGGCCAGGGUUCAACUAACCCUCUCGCACAGCUCAUACAGACAAAGGGUCCCCUCCCAGCAGGCACCAUCCUGAAGCUUGUGACCUCUGCUGACGGCAAGCCCACAACCAUCAUCACCACUUCCCAGGCUGGAGGCACAGGACACAAGCCCACUAUCCUCAACAUUAGCGGCGUCUCUCCCACCACUAAGCAGGGCACCACCAUCAUUAAGACUAUCCCCAUGUCGGCCAUCAUGAGCCAGUCCGGAGCCACAGGUGUGACAAGCAGUGCAGGCAUGAAAACGCCUAUCACAAUUCUGACCACGAAGGUGAUGACCACUGGAACUCCUGGUAAAAUCAUCACUGCCGUGCCCAAACUUGCUACUGCAGCCGGCCAGCAGGGACUGACACAGGUGGUUUUGAAGGGGGCCCCCGGACAACCAGGAACCAUUUUGCGUACUGUGCCCAUGAGCACAGUGGGUGGUGUUCGGCUUGUAACACCUGUGACAGUGUCUGCUGUGAAGCCCACUGUCACAACUCUGGUUGUGAAGGGGACUACUGGUGUCACCACUCUUGGAACAGUCACUGGCACCGUCUCCAGCAGCCUGGCAGGAGGCACGGUGGACAGUUCCAAAGCCUCUCUAGUCACCCCCAUCACCACGCUAGGAACCAUCUCGACCCUGUCCAGCCAGGUCAUCAGCCCAGCUGCCAUAACUGUGUCAGCUGCUCAGACCAGCCUGACCUCUGCCUCCACUCUGGCCUCCUCUACCAUCACAGUGCAGAACCAGCCAACCCAGGUGACUUUAAUCACAACUCCGAGUGGAGUAGAAGCUCAACCAGUGCAGGAUCUACCGGUUUCCAUCCUGGCUUCACCAACCUCCGAGCAGCCCAGUUCCACUGAGGCUGGAGCAGCUGGAGAGGGAUCUGGGACCGUCACCCUGGUCUGCUCCAACCCACCCUGUGAAACCCACGAGACAGGAACCACCAACACAGCCACCACCUCCUCGGCCACAAUUGGAGCUGGACAGGUCUGCUCCAACCCACCUUGUGAGACCCAUGAAACCGGAACCACCAACACAGCCACCACCUCCUCUGCUACGAUUGGAGCCAGGCAGGUCUGUUCUAACCCACCAUGCGAGACCCAUGAAACGGGAACCACCAACACAGCCACAACUGCAUCCUCAAACAUGUCUGCGCUCCGUAUGUGCUCCAACCCACCAUGCGAGACCCACGAAACUGGGACAACUAACACAGCUACCACAGCAUCCGCUAACAUGGGUGGGUCCCAGCAGGUGUGCUCCAAUCCACCCUGUGAGACCCACGUGACAGGAACCACCAACACAGCCACUCAGGCAUCGUCUAACAUGAACGCAGGCCAGACAGGCACCGUGCAGAGGGUGUGCUCCAACCCACCCUGCGAAACCCAUGAGACAGGGACCACCAACACCCCAUCUACAGCAACCUCCAGUAUGGGAGGCGACCAGACCAACACAGCAACAGGGACGGUCCAGAGGGUGUGCUCCAACCCACCCUGUGAAACACACGAGACCGGGACCACCAACACAGCCACCACUGCCACCUGCAGCAUGGAGACAGGCGAAGGCACAGCAGCCCAGCAGACAGAGGAAGGAACUGAAGGUACCAGCAGCACAGAAGUGGCCUCUACCACUGCAGCAACAGGCGUAGCCACUGCCGGCGUAGCCGCCGCCACCGCUGCCGCAGCCACCGCAGCCGCCACCACCACCACCACCACCCAGGGCAGGGCCAUCACUACUGUCACUCAGUCUACACCAGCCCCAGGGCCCUCUGUACCAUCAAUUUCAUCAAUCACAGAGGGUGUGAGUACUGCCGCCAGCUCUACAGAGGAACCAAUGCAAACUAAUGAGGCAGUAUCAGCAGAAGCUGCACCAGCAGAGGAGGGAGCUACUGCUAUGGAGACACAAGCAGAAGUAAAUACAGGAGAAGCAGCAGCGACAGAUUUGAACCUGCCCUCAGAGCUGAUGUCUGAGGGUCAGGGAGCUACACUUAUGGUGACAGGGCUGUCGGACGAGGAGCUGGCUGUGACCGCAGCAGCAGAGGCCGCUGCUCAGGCAGCAGCCACUGAAGAAGCCCAGGCCCUCGCUAUCCAGGCUGUCCUCCAGGCAGCUCAGCAAGCUGUAAUGCAUGAAGGCGAUUCGGCUGGAGAGAGCCAGCAGCCCACAAACAUCCCCAUCAUGCUGACCCAGCAGGAGCUCGCAGCUCUGGUACAACAGCAGCAGCAGCUGCAGGAGGCUCAGGCUGCAGCCCAGCAGGCCACCGUUGAUGCAAGCUUACCUACUGAAGGCCUCGCCCCUGCCGACAGCCUCAAUGACCCCUCUGUCGAGAGCAACGGACACAACGAGAUGGCUGCCGCAGUCACCAGUGCUGUAGCAUCUCUGCUGCCACGUACUACUGCUGAGACACUUGCUCCAUCAAGCACCUUUGCACCCUCUGUGUCGGUGGCAAGUCCAGCCAAGCUGCAAGCAGCAGCUGCUCUAGCAGAAGUCGCCAAUGGCAUAGAGGGAGAGAAGCAAGCUCCUCAGCCAACCCCAGUGAAACCAGUUGUAAAGAAAGAGAAUCAGUGGUUUGAUGUUGGAAUCGUAAAAGUGACAAAUAUGGUUGUCACCCACUUCUAUGUGCCAGCAGAUGAUUCUCAUGGAGAUGAUGACUCUGGUGUCAUGCCAGACUACAGCCAGAUGAAGAAAAUGGAGUUGCAGCCUGGAACAGCUUAUAAGUUCCGUGUUGCUGGAAUCAACGCUUGCGGUCGCGGAGCGUUCUCAGAGAUUUCAGCUUUCAAGACUUGCUUACCAGGCUUCCCAGGGGCCCCUUGCGCCAUCAAAAUCAGCAAGAGCCCAGAUGGUGCCCACCUGACCUGGGAGCCACCCUCUGUGACAUCAGGGAAGAUCAUCGAAUACUCCGUGUAUCUUGCCAUCCAGAGCAACCAGACAGCUGAAGCCAAGGCCUCCACCCCAGCCCAGCUAGCCUUCAUGCGGGUGUACUGUGGACCCAACCCGUCGUGCUUGGUGCAGUCGUCCAGCCUCUCCAACGCCCACAUCGACUACACCACCAAGCCUGCCAUCAUCUUCCGCAUCGCCGCCCGCAACGAGAAGGGCUAUGGUCCUGCCACGCAAGUUCGAUGGCUGCAAGAAUCUGGCAAAGAUGCUGCCUCAGCAAAACCGGCCCCCAAAAGACCAGGCACCUCUCCUGAUACUAAGGCUACUGGUCCAAAGAAAGCAAGGACGGACCAGUGAGGUUGCCCAGAGACCCCUCCCAGUCUUUUGUCCUUUUUCCACUCGCUGUCCUUUUAUCAGGAAGACUGACCUUCACCCUUCCUCCACCUCCUCAUCCUCCUCAUCCUAAUCUCAUCUUCCACCCUCAAGUCUCAGAUCAAGACAGCAGUGGAGGCAGAACAACCGUAUGAAGCCGAGAUGAAAGUCAAUCUGAGAUGUUUUCUGUAGAUAAAAACCCUCCUUCCUCCUCGUUCUGUUGGUCGUACUAUUUUUAGAGCAACAAAAACUUAGAAGCACAUUAUCUUUUUUUCAGCCACAUCCUCUUCCAUCCUUUAACAUCUAUUUUUGGCUUGUUUCAGUAGUUGAGCAGUAUAGAGAAGCAUUUACAUCUUUCACAAACUGGGAGUCAGCCUGAGCGCAAUGUUACCUUUUUUUUUUUUUGUCUUUGUUUUGUGAAUCCUGGGGGGAUGUAGAGAGAGACUACAUGAAAUGGUGUACAGUGUUGGAAAAAAGGCUUUGGAGGCAUUAGAUUAGAUGAGAGGAAAAAUCGGUAUGGAAACAAAUAAAGCACUUGUCCUCGAUGACAGAGGACAUCAUUUUUUCCUUUCUUUUUUGCUCAAAACAAAUUUGCAUCAUCAAGAGCCAAGUCUGUAUAGUCAUCGUACUGGACUCCAGUCUCCUGGUAUUGUCAUCACUGUGCGCUUUUUUCCCCCGAUAUGAGGACUGGUGGCCGACACUUUGAAGUGGACAAAGAAAAGAACAACAAAGGAAGAGAUUUGUGGAGAAUGAACGACAUGACAGACUUUGCUAGAAUGGAGACUUGCAGCACACACAGAAAAAAAACUUGCAAAAAUCUUCCCAAAAAAUUAGCAAGCAAUGACGCAGAUCUUUUGUGUAGUUUAUUUUUGUAUUUUUUAAGCUUUUUUUCUCCUGUGUGUAUGUGUAUGUUGUGUGCAUUUUUAAAAGCAUCACUUUUUUUAACUGUUGUUCAUCCCCAUAGUUUGUGUUUGUGGGAAGAUUGGUGGCUGUGUUGAGGUUGCCACUAUAUUUUUAAAGAAAAAAACAUCUUCAUUCAGUUGGUCGUAUGUCCUGUUGUUAACAGAUUGAGGCGAAAGAGAGAAAGACUUUUGUAUUUGUUCCAAGUAGAACCGGAGAGGUUACAGGACUGAAGGGAACUUUGAAGUGGACCCAGGGAGAGGAGAGUUUUUACUUUUGUUUACUACUCAAUGCUUGUGUUGCUCUGUUUGCCAAACAUGGAAUUUCUGCAGGGGGGUAGGUAGGUGGACAGAAUAACACCAGAUGUUUUCAUACCUUUCCCCCUAAAUACCCCAAAUCAGUUGUCCUACGCUUUUUAUGCUCAUGAAUGUGGUGUCUCACCUCUUCUUUAAUUUUUAGAAUGGCAAAUUAUAUUAGUAGACCUAUUUUCCCUAUCCUAUUGAUGUAUGUGAAUCCAUUUAAUAAAUUUUAAUUUUUUUCCUUC